AUGGCAACACAUUUUACAGGAGAACUGGCAGAAGUUUAUGGCUCUGUUCAAGGGACUAGCUCUCUUAAUACACCGACUACAGUGGCUAGUGGCAAUCUUAUUAUUUUGGAAACAACUCCAGGCAGAGCAGGCAGAGUAGCAAGAAUUGAAGUGAAUGCAGCAACAACAGGCUGGGUUGCUAUUUAUGGUGUGCAACCGUCAUGCACCUCAGGCGCCUACUGCUGGGAAAGUGAGAAUUGCAGUUCAGGCUGCACCCAAUCCUCUCCACCUUUAUCGUGUGCCAGCACUAGUGCGCUGUGUGUUUCAUCUAUUCGUUGUUCAGCUGUAUCAUGUGCCGCAACUUCUACUCCAUCAACUGGCUUGAAAUAUCGUUUCAUCAUCAGUUUCUAUGUAACUGUCGCAAAUGCUCCUUUUACAUACCUGCUAGAUUAUUUGACUGCUGAAGUUUAUGAAGGAGAAAGAAUAGCCUUUGGCUGUGCUGUGUCUGCUGAUUGUGGGACUGGCGCUGCUAAGAUUAAUAGUAGGAAUGUUUCCCUUGGGGAAACAAGGGACCAGUUAGCAUCCUACUCUGCUGCCAGUGUGGCUACGCCUGGAAAUUUUUCCUCCUCAAAGCAUUUGGUGCGAGUCAUAGUUCGGGAUGACCCUGUGGCAUAUUUGUCAUAUGGUAUAAAUUGCAGUGUUGCAUCUUCAGUACCCACAGCAAAUGUUCCACUCCCAUUUACUGCCGCUACACAGGCAUAUGUUUUACAAGGGCUGUAUAAUUUAACUUACACGGUGAGUUGA